UUUUUAUGUAUUGGUAAUCCUGCUCAAAGAAUGAUAGUGAAGUUAUCUGUGCUUUAUCUGUCAGUUGUAUAUUUUUUAACUGAAAGACUAUGAUACCAAUUAGAUAAAAAUUAGAACUUUGUAAAUAGUUGUAGUGUAAUAAUUGAAUUUUAUAAAAUAUGAUUGUUUGGCUAACUUCUUAAAAAAAGUAUCGUUAUAUGUACAAUAAAAUAGUAUCUAGUCAGGAUAUAAAAAUAUCCAUUAUAACAUAUUUGUAUACAGUAAUAUGCAAUGGACCAAAUAAAGAUUCCAAAGGUAGAAAACGUCCGUUUAUUGGAAAAGUAUAGUAAUAAUCAUUCUAUAGGUACAUUGUAUUUAACCUUAACAAAUCUUAUAUUUAUAGAACGAAAUGGUAAAAAAAAAAUAUGGGUCUUGUAUACUCAUAUAUCCAACAUAGAAAAACAACCUUUAACUACUACAGGAUCACCCCUAUAUAUUAAAUGUAAACAUUUUUAUAUUGUUACUUUUGUUAUACCUAAGGAACGUGACUGCCAUGACAUUUAUCUUACAUUAUUAAAACUGUCUUGCCCAGUAAAUUUAGAAGAUCUUUAUUGCUUCACUUAUCAAGAAAAAUUACAGCAACAUGUUGGUUGGAAUUUUUUUAAUGUACAAAGUGAAUUUCAAAGACAAGGAGUACCAAAUGAAGAAUGGUCUCUUUCAUACUUGAAUACUAAUUAUGAGCUUUGUGAUACAUACCCAAAAUAUAUAUAUGUUCCAAGCACUUGCGCAGACAACAUUUUGUUAGGUAGUGCAAAAUUUAGAAGUAGGGGAAGGCUUCCUGUAUUAACAUAUUUACAUUCGAAUAAGGCUGUUAUCUGCCGUUGCAGUCAACCACUUUCAGGAUUUAGUGCGCGAUGUCCCGAGGAUGAAUUAAUUAUGUAUUAUAUACUUUGUACAAAUCCUAAUUCAAAAUAUAUGUAUGUUGUCGAUACAAGGCCACGUAUUAAUGCUUUUGCAAAUCGGGCAGCAGGAAAAGGAUAUGAAAAUGAAAAUUUCUAUGACAAUAUAAAGUUUCAUUUUUUUGGGAUUGAAAAUAUACAUGUCAUGAGAACAAGUUUGAACAAGCUUAUAGAGUUACAAAGAACAACAUCUAUGAGUGCAUUUUUAAAUGGUCUAGAAAGCAGUGGAUGGUUAAAGCACAUUCGUUCUAUAUUAGAAACUGCUUGGUUUAUUGCACGAGCAGUUUCUACUGGCGUGAGUGUAGUAGUACAUUGUAGCGAUGGUUGGGAUCGUACAGCGCAAGUAUGUUCUCUGGCUGCUUUACUCCUAGAUCCAUAUUAUAGAACUAUUCAAGGAUUUCAGGCAUUAAUAGAAAAAGAUUGGUUGUCAUUUGGUCAUAAAUUCAGUGACCGCUGUGGUUAUAUUAGUAGCGACGGCAAAGAAUUAGCACCUAUAUUUACUCAAUUUAUAGAUGCAACCUAUCAAUUACUACAGCAAUAUCCACAUAAAUUUCAAUUUAAUGAAUUUUUUCUUUUAACACUUCAUGACCAUGUACAUAGCUGUCAGUAUGGAACAUUUAUUGGAAAUUCUGAAAAAGAAAGACAGACUCUUAGAUUAUCAGAAAGAACGUAUUCUUUGUGGGGAUAUAUUGCAAAUAAUACAAAUGAGUAUAUCAAUCCGCUUUAUGAAUGUAAACAUUGGAAUGAUGAUUCUAAUGAUGUUCUCCAGCCAAAAUUAGCACCACAAAAUAUUAUCAUUUGGAGAGGAUUAUAUUUUAGAUUUGAAAAUGGUAUUCAUCCUAGAGAGGCACACGAAGAUAUGUUAUUAACAAUUCAUGAUCAUAGUAGUUCUUUAGAAGAUCACGUUAAACUUCUUGCAAAAAGAAUUAAUUCUUUGAGUCAAUUAUUAAAGUUAAAUAACGUACAAAGAAAAAAUAUUCAAGGUAAACAUAAAUUUGAUAAUAAAUAUGUCAAAGAAUCUUUAUCCGAAACUAUUAAGGAAAAUGUGAAUAACGAUGAAAAAAUGAAAAAUAAAGAGCAAGCAAGCCAAAUUGAGAAUGAAUUGAAGACAGUUGCCAUAGAAUGGAAGUCAUCUCGUAAUAUGGAGGAAUGUACUUGUUCGACUACAUUUGAUGCGUUUAAUAGGAAGCAUCAUUGUUGGUCUUGUGGGGAUGUAUUAUGUACACGAUGUAUAGAUUCGCAUAAUGUAUUAACUGGACAUUUAUCACAACGUGCUGUACCUGUUUGCAAAUCGUGUUCUCAAAAUUCUGGUAGUUCUUCGAUUAACCCAUGAUUAUAUCAAAAAAUUGAUAUUUACAUCAAUUUGCGAAAUUAAAAUAAGAAAUAUUUCAUCAAAAGAAUCGACAAUUAAUAAUUAUAUUAUUAAUAUCUCAAACAAAUUCAAUUUAUCCAGAAUAUGAGAGAAAUAUCAAAGUUAUGUUGAAAUAUAAAAAUCAUCUAUAUUGCAAAUUACAAAGGUAUUUUAUUUAUUUGAUUUCAAAUAUAUAUUUAUUUGUAAUAAUUAUAAAUUAACUAAGAUCAUUACAAAAUUUGUAUUUUCGUUAUUAAAAUGAUCUAUCUCUCUAUUAAAAACAAUAAUAUUUCGUAUUAAGAAUAUAUCGAUCUCGUUACUAAAAUUAAUGAAAAAUAGAAUAUGCCUCGGACAAUAUCAAAUUUGUAAUAAUAUUACAAAAGAAUCUAUAUAAGAAAUGGCAAUUCUUUUUCUUGUAUUUAGGCUAUGUGACAUUUAAGACAAUUUUUUCAAACUUUAUUAAAUAAAUACAUGAACUAAAAAUAUUAUUAUAUAAAAUAGAAUGAUAUUGAAUGUAUAUUAUAAUAUUGUAAGUAAAGUGCUAAUAAUAAUAAAAGAAAAUUAUUCGUGAGAUUCUUAAUACAAUAAGGUGUACAAAAAA